AUGUCUGCCUUUGGCGGCGCUUACAAUGGCACCCUCCACCCUUCAAUCUUCCUCCUGCUGGGGAUCCCAGGGCUGGAGGCGGCUCACGUCUGGCUGGCCAUCCCCCUCUGCUUCAUCUACGUGGUGACUGUGUUGGGGAACUGCACCAUCAUGUUCGUCAUCUGGGUGGAAGAGACCUUGCAUGAGCCCAUGUACUUAUUCCUCUGCAUGCUGGCUGUCAUUGACCUGGCUGGAUCUACCUCCGUUGUGCCCAAAAUGCUUUGCCUCUUCUGGUUCGGCUCACGAGAGAUUCGCUUUGAAGCUUGCUUGACACAGAUGUUCUCCAUCCAUGCGCUGUCCAUCAUCGAGUCGGCCAUUUUGUUGGCCAUGGCCUUUGACCGCUACAUGGCCAUCUGCCAACCGCUGCGCUAUGCGGCCAUCCUCACAAAUCCUGCCAUCGUGAAAAUUGGCUGCCUGGCGGUUGCCAGGGGGGCCAUUCUGACUGCCCCAUUCCCCAUCCUUGCCAGCAGGCUGCCUUACUGUCGAACCAAUGUGGUCCCCCACACCUACUGUGAGCACAUGGGCAUCGUCAGGCUGGCCUGCGCUGGCACUGUGAUCAGCAACAUGUACGGCUUGACCGUGGCCUUGCUGGUGGUGGGCCUGGAUUUAACGUUCAUUGGUGUGUCCUAUGCAAAGAUCAUUGUGACCGUGCUGAGGCUGCCAUCUCGGGAAGCCCAGGCCAAGGCCUUCAACACCUGUGGUUCCCAUAUCUGUGUGAUUGUCUUGGCCUACACACCUGCCCUCUUCUCCUUCCUCACACACCGCUUUGGCCACAAUGUGGCCCCCUACAUUCAUAUCCUCAUCGGCAACUUCUAUAUUCUGGUGCCUCCCUUCUGCAAUCCCAUCGUCUAUGGUGUGAAGACCAAGCUGAUCCGUGACAAGGUGGUCGGCUUACUCCUGAGGAGAAAAGAUGUCUCCUAA